GUGCAUAGCACUACUAUACGGUAGUUCUAGGGUUUGUUCUCUCUUGCUCUCCACCGCCAAACUGUCGCCACCAUAGUCCAGCGGCCGUCGUCGCUUUCCUCCCUCGCCAUCCUUCCGCCGCGAAAUAGGUAGAGAAAUGACGAGAGGAUUCUUCGUGAAUUUACCGACAGAAAACACGAUUAAUAUCCUCUCAAGGAUCUCCGUCCGAGACGUUCUGAGCUGCAAGUGUGUUUGCAAGUCGGGGCUCGAGUUACUCAACUCUCGCGAGUUUGUCAAGUCUCAUCUUUCUAAAUCAGUGUCGGGGUUGGCUGUGGUACGCUCUGGUGUGGAGUCUAACUCGUACGAAAUCUUUGAAUUUCAAGACAGCCUUGACCUUGAGCACCAUAAUCUCCGCUACAGUUUGGUCACCAAGUUUGUUUUUCCUCGUGCUGAAGCGCUUCGGGGUUCAGCUAAUGGGUUGGUUUUUAUGACGGGUGACAAACCUUGUGAUCUUUAUGUAUGCAACCCUGUAACACGAGACUUUAUAAAGCUUUGUCCGUAUUCUGUCUCUCUCGACUCUUCGUCUAAUAUAGUUGCAUUUGGAUUUGGAGUGACCAAAAUGACUGGUCAACAUAAGGUGGUUCGGGUUGUCUGUGACUAUGAGUUAGCAGAGAAUUCGUUUAGAAUUACAGUUACCAGAUCUCACUGUGAGGUGUACACUCUUGGGACACGAACAUGGAGAAGUAUCGUACCCGGUGACAAGCUAAUGUAUGAUUCGUAUGGGGUAUUUCUUCAUGGAAAUCUUCACUGGUUGGUGGUAGAUCCACAAGCCCCAUCACGAAUUUCUUGCUUUGAUCUUGAAACAGAGCGUUUCAGCACCUUCUCCCAUCCUCCUCUGUUGACCAAAGGUGGGUCUGUUGGGAGCUUGUCGGUUUUGGAGGGUCGUCUAUGCUUAUGUGAUAAUUCAUCUGAAGGAAAAAUCAUCAUCUGGGUGUUGAGGGAAUAUGGGGUGGCGAAGUCUUGGACAAAGGAAUAUGUCAUCAACAAAGAUGCCGAGCUUUGUGGAGAUUACGUGCUUGUUUCCCCUAUUAAGGUUUUCAAGAAUGGUGACAUCUUGUUUAAAUGUGAUGAGUCCUUGCUGUUCCACUACAAUGGCAGGACAAAAUCGUUGCAGAAGAUUGAGAUGUUUGAUGCUCAUGGUGGAGAUCAAUCUCGUGUAGAUGCAAUACCCCACACCUCAAGCUUUCCAUCCCUGAGAAAUUUUGGAAUGGAAGACUUAUAUUCGUUCUGACCGCGAAGCUUCUUCUUGUUGGACCGAUUUCCGUAGCACUAUGAGCUUUUAACUUAAUGUAGGUAGUAUAUUUGCUUUAUAUGUUUAUGCUCUAAUAUGCUCAGACUUCGUGCUGCUGCUAGAUGCUUUUUUUAGUUUUAAUGUAGCAGAUCAACUCUCUAAUGUAGCCUGGUUUACUAUUACUGUCUUGUGAGAUAUA